AUGAUAAACUACGUUUUAUCAGGGCGGGAGAAUCCAGAUCUAGUUCUCACUUCAGAACAAUUAAACACAUCACCAAAGGUGUAUACCGAGGUAGAUAGAAGUUGGGGAGAUACAGGAUACAGGGAUACAGAUGGAGGAUACAGGGAUACAGACCCAGGAUACAGUUUUGAAGAACCACAGGAUACAGUACACUCAGAACCGCGAACACCUUUCUUGGAACGAAGCACUACCACGCCCCUGGGAGAUUCUUUAUCACCCUUCAGUGAUCCUUCCUAUGUGGUUGUACCCCCCCUCACGCUUCCACUCUCAACUCUACCCCUCCUUCCCUCUACAUUACAUCACGAAGGAAGCCCUGCACACUAUCCCAGCACGAGAUCUGAUCGAAUGUACCCGGUUGAGUACUUUUACGAUGCAAGAACAGAAUCCGUAAACCGGUUUUGGAACGGUACAGAGACCGCCUACUCACAGUCCGAGUGGCCAGCCGAUCAUGAACGAUAUUUCGGCGAUGCAGCUUACACGGCCGCCGAGCCAUGUCAACCGGUGGAACGUUCAACUUCUAGAACAUCACUGAAGAGUACUAGCUCCGGCGAAUCCCUGGAAUCAAACCGGAACCUGGAGCUUAACAGUAACUUUAUAACCUCCGCUGAUAUUAUCCGCCACUGCUCAGUUGUCCGCCUUGAUGAGUCUUCAAGAUCAAACUCACAAGAAUCUACUUGCUUUCAACAAUUUCUAGAAUGAGCCUUUUAAUUCUUAAAAUUUUGUUAUUUGUACCUAAAGUCGUUGUCGUAUAUAUCAAUACCAAGACGACUUUUGAUUUCUAGCAAGCUUUCAAACCUCAAGGAUACACACAUAAUACACAUGAACACCGUAACACGGAAACAAAGAGAAGCUACCAAGUAAUUUGAACAGUUUCUCUUUGUUUACCUGCAAACUUUUAAUUUAAAAAAUGCUUGUUAGAAAUCAAAACUUCAACAGAUCAGUCGUCUUCAUUCUAUUGAUAUAAACGCUGACCAUUGUCAUACAGGUUAAAACUUAUUGUUGGGAUCGACUGGACUCAAUUCACAGCGUGAUCUUUCAAAUAGAAAGAUUUAGGUUGAAUUUAUCCAUUCUUUUCAGUUUCCAACUGUGAAAUCUGUUAAAUGAGAAAAUUGGCUGAACUAGCUUAGAGCCUAAGUACAGGGUGUCCCACGAAACAUGACGAUAGCAAGACGGAUUGGAGGUCGUCUUUGAUCUUGGAAAUAAGUUGCGUCAUUAUUUGUAAACCUAAUGUUAGAAGUAAAAUUCAAAAAUGUGGUCUGCCUUUUUUGUGCUGCCAAUAAUAUCAUGGAUAUGAAUAAAUUCGUUCAGAUUUGUACAACUAAAAAAAUAGAAAGUUGAACUAAAAAUUCUUUAGAUUUCCGUUAAUAUUGACAAUACAAAAAAACGGAUCACAUUUUGGAAAUUCCAGGCCUAGAAGAAUUUUGUUCCCAAGAAUCAUGCAGGUGAAAGUGGGUUGACGACUGAAUCAUUAAAUGGGGAUUUGACAUUUUCUGUUGAGCAUUGCGCAAAACAGAGAGAGGGGGAUUGAAUUUUGUAGGUCCAGAAAGAUAAUUAAAUUAGUAUUUAUUUAGGGUUAGGUUAG